AUGACGAAAACACUAGAGAUUGACAUAAGAUCUGCAGAGGGGCUCAAGGUAAACCGGAGACUCGUAAAGGGCAAGACUUUCGCCGUCGCAAGGAUCGGCGAGAAACGUCGACAGUCUAAUAUCCACGAAUCGGGAGGAAGCGAUCCAACGUGGAACUGUAAGACGGAGUUGCCAAUGGAUGGGAAUGCACAGUUUCUCUCCAUUGAGGUAUUUUAUCGAACAGGUUCUGGGCGCGAUAAGCAAAUCGGAGAAGCUAAAAUCCCGGCGACGGAUUUCAUGGGGAGGUAUUCGCCUGAAGGUCAUUUGAAUUUCUUGAGCUAUAGAUUAAGAGAUGGGUUUGGGGAUAAGUGUGGAAUCGUCAAUGUUUCGAUCGUCGUUAAACCCGAUCCCACGGAAACGACGACGACGGCGAUGAGGGAUUACGGCGGGUGUUCUUCGCAAGCUACUGAGACUGGUUUGUGGAGACCCAGAUCGGAGACGCCGUCGAUUGACGGAUACGGAGUGCACGAUUCUAAGGAUUACGGCGCGUAUUCAGAGACUGGUUUGCGGAGACCGAGAUCGGAGCCGCCGUCGAUUGAUGAAUAUGGUGGCCGGAUUGUAACCGGAGUUCCGAUUUGGUGUGUGAUUCAACGGCCAACAUAA